ACAAUGUUUAGAUCGACUUCCUCAUAAUUCUCCAUACACAUUCGACGCCUCAACCGAGUCCCUUAUAAUACUCCAGAGACAUUCAACGUGUACAUAGAUCGAUUCGCUCAUAAUUCUUCAUUGGAGACCGAAUCACGCACACACGCAGCAACAAUGAAGAAAACGGUAGUGAAGGUCUGCGUGGACACCGAAAAGAGCAAGAGGGAGGUACUGAAAGCUGUUGCCAAACUCGAAGGCAUUGAUCAACUGUCCAUUGACGGAGACAAGGGAACUGUGACAGUUAUUGGAGAUGUCGACCCAGUACUAGUCUAUAAGCAACUCAAGAAGGUCAAGAAGAGUCCGAACAUCGUCAGCGUAGGGCCCCCGAAGGCUGCUGAGAAGGAAAACACUCCGAAUCCAAGUCCUUCCGUAUAUUAUCCCCCCUCAUAUCCGACCUACCUGCCUCCUUACUGCGAGCUAAUCCCAAUUGGGUCCACUUUUGACAGAUGGUAGAGUUUGUUAAUUUAUCAUCGCCCAUGAACUUUGACGGCGGCCGGCGGUAACGAGAGUUAUGGAAUACAAAGAGAUUCCCCUUCCGUAGUAUGGCAAUUUCGGCUGGAAACUUAUGGGGGCCAGUCCUCUAGGAAGAUCAUAGGCGUCAACUCCAUGGACCUGCAAGAGCAGGGAUUUUUGUGUGUGUGUUAUAUUAGCUCAUUGGUGCAUGCAUUGUAAGGCUCAACAUAUGGAAAUAGAGCAUGUUUACUUAGAAUAAAUCCUUUUCAUAAAUUCCUGUUUGUCCGUACCUUUUUUCCCAUGUUAUGUUGUACUGUAGCAAUAGAACAGAGAGUUGAAUACACUGCUAAAUUCAGCCA